AUGAAAACAUUGUGGGAGUGCAUAUAUUUCGAACCUAUUUCUUAUGGAGAACUUUUCACAUAUACUACUGACUUAUAUAAACAGAACCUUGCACCAUUUAAAGACUUGUCAUAUGCUCCAAAGUAUUGUGUACAACUGAAGGAGAAAGUAGAGUCAAAAGAAGUAAAUAAAGCUAAAUGUAAGUUCAUUCCUGAGCACGUUUUCUUUGCUGACUUUGAGUGCAGUACCGAUGGCUUUCAUAAAGCUUUUAACAUAUGUUAUGACAGUGAAGAUGGUUCAGUGAGUGAAAGCAUAUGGGGUCAAAACUGUGCAACAGAAUUUUUGGAGCGACUUCCUGACAAGAGUUUAAUAUAUUUCCAUAACCUCAGUUAUGACAUAAACUUCAUCUUAAGACACAUGACAGAAGUGAAAGGAACUCCCAUCAUUAAAGGUUCACGAACAAUGCAAAUAACUGGCUUAUAU